AUGAGCGAAGCUGGCCUCAGAGUGCACUGGAAUCGAGGCCUAGGGAAGCCCGGUUCCCAGCGACCACAUUCCCAGAAUCCUGAGAUCUGCCUGCACGGGUGUAUGCGGGCCGCGGGGAGGGCCAGCCCACGGGGGAGGCCGGGCCGCGAGUGCUGCAGCCGUCCAGGGCCACCCGGCCCACGCCGGCCUCGGGAUAGGCCUCCCAACCAGCACGUGCCGGGUUGUGUUGCAGAAAGAAGAGCCGCACAGCGGAAGGCUGAGGAGCAGGGCGCGCAGUUGUGGGAUCCAGCCCAGAAUGAAAAAUUGCAAAAGCUUUUUUUGCAUGAAGUACAGAUGGGAGAACUUUUGUUAUCUAGAGGAGAACAUAGAAUGGGAGUUGAACAUCUCAGCAACGCACUUUUAGUGUGUGGGCAACCACAGGAACUUCUGAAGGUUUUCAAGCACACCCUCCCCCCCAAGGUAUUCGAGAUGCUGUUGCACAAAAUUCCCCUUAUUUGUCAGCAAUUUGAGGCAGACACGAAUGAACAGGAAUACUUGGAGGAUGAUGCCGACUGAAAACAUUUCAACGUAUUCACAGCCCAGUCAGAAUAUUAUGGUGCUAUAUAGUAUAAACAAUUGUUCAGUGAUAUUUCCAUUUAUUUCACUUUCAGUAAUAAAAUUUUUUUCUAUCUCAUACAUGAUUGAACACAUAUUUUGCUUUAAAAUUAACAGUCACAAUUGAAGAAACAAUGGUUUAUUUUUCUAAUCAAGUGACCAAGCUGCCAAAUCUUAAGGCUUCAACAAAAGUUUCAUUGUAUUAUUUUCACUUAACAGUAAGACCUUCUAAUUUGAUUAUCCUUGGCAUAUGAUU